AAGUUGGCCCACCUUAGGAUAUACUUCUACGCGCCUUGAUAUAAAGGAAAUGUUAAUAUUUCCAUAUUAUAAUUGGGCAGUUUUGAGGUUUGAAUUCAUUCUAAUAAAAUAAAUAGCACCUAAGGGUUGAGAUGGCGAUUGUUUGCAAAUACCCCAGUGACCAAUGCAGCUUUUGUUCCGAUUCAUACAAUGAGGAAUUUCUUCACACACUGAUCCCUACUCAUCAUCAAGAGCAGAAACUAAAAACUAUCCUGCAGAAAUUGAGCAGUUUUACUUCUCCGCUGACCAGUUAUCCUACAUGCGAAAAAUGUCGCCAAGAGUUUAUAACCGUCCACAAUAUUCCUGAGAGCUGCUUUCAAAUUUUGUUCAGAGUUGAACCGACUGACAUCAAGAUUGAGCCAGAGUUAAUGAUUGAUGACCUCGAGUUGUCGGAUAGUGAUGGCCAUUUGGAGACAGACCAUAUACGAAACAACACGGAAAAGAAACCGUUAAAAUGUGAAAUGUGUGAGAAAAAAUUUCGCUCGAAAUACAAACUCCAAGUGCACGUUCGAACUCAUACGGGUGAACGUCCUUAUUCUUGUCCACAUUGUUCAAAAGGGUUCAAGGAGUCUUCAGCGCUCCAAUUUCACAUUCGAACACAUACGGACGAACGUCCCUACUCCUGUAUACAUUGUCCGAAGGCGUUUAAGCGUCCUACAACUCUCAAAGAACACAUUAUAACUCAUACGGGUGAACGUCCCUAUCCCUGCCCACAAUGUUCGAAAGCUUUUAAGAAUCCUAAAACGCUCCAAUGGCACAUUCGAACUCAUAUCGAUGCACGUCCUUAUACUUGUAUACAUUGCCCGAAGGCGUUUAAGCAUCCGACAACGCUCCAACUGCACAUUCGAACUCAUACGGGUGAACGACCCUAUCCUUGUCCACAUUGUCCGAAAGCGUUUAAGCAAUCUAAAACACUCAAACAGCACAUUCUAAUUCAUACUGGUGAACGACCCUAUCCUUGUCCACAUUGUCCGAAGGCGUUUAAGCAAUCUAAAACGCUCAAAAAGCACAUUCUAAUUCAUACUGGUGAACGUCCAUAUCCUUGUCCACAUUGUCCGAAAGCGUUCAAGGACAGUUCAACGCUCCAAUAUCACAUUCGAGCGCAUACGGGUGAACGUCCCUAUUCGUGUCCACAUUGUUCCAAAACGUUCAAGAUAUCUCCAGCGUUACAGUUGCACAUCCGGACACACACUAAUGAGAGGCCAUACAUUUGCGAGUAUUGUAAGCGAGCGUUUAUCCAGUCCUACAGCCUCACCAAGCACCUCCGUCGACAGCACGGCCAGAUCAAAUCGGACUCGGAAUCACUGGUGACCGUAGAAGAAGAGAAAACUGGAUGCUAAAGGAUCUCUAUGCCACGGAAUAUUGUGGAAGGAUAAUCGGAAAAAACGUUACUGAAUUAGUUCAUAAGACAAAAAUUUUCAGGAAUUUUAAAAAUAUAUAACAAUUUUUUUGGAUA